AUGUUGCUAUCGAAUGAUGAGGGGCAAGCUAGAGAAUUUCAUCGAAUCGCAUGCUUUCUAAGUGAUUGGGAGAAGUCGAAGGAGGUCAACGACCUGUAUCAUCGUGCUCUGCGCGGAUACGAGAAGGCAUGGGGCGUGGGGCACAUGUCGACGCUCAACACGAUCAACAAUCUCGGCGUUCUGUACGUGGACCAAGACAAGACGGCGGAGGCGGAGGAGAUGUAUCUGCGGGCGCUGUGCGAGAAGGAGAAGGCAUGGGGCGCGGAUCACACGUCGACGCUGGAAACGGUCAACAGUGUCGGCAGCCUGUAUAAAAAGCAAGGCAAGAUGGCGGAGGCGGAAAAGAUGUAUCUGCGGGCGCUGCGGGGGUUCGAGAAGGCAUGGGGCACGGGGCACACGUCGACGCUCGGCACGGUCAAUAAUCUCGGUAUUCUGUACUCAGAUCAAGACAAGAUGGCGGAGGCGGAAAAGCUAUGGCUGCGUGUAAUCAGGACGAGAUCGGAGUCAGGUGGUACAUGGUCCAGACCAUUGAAUGCCUCUUUACGUUCUCUGCUCUGUCUCUACCGAGAACGA